GACUGUGAUGUGUAUGCAGCGUGUGAGCAGCAGCCAGUGAGCGUGCCUACGUUAGCAGUGUGUGCUGUUGGAAUCCAUGCAGCGGCUGACUGUACUGCCUCUUAAAUAGGAGCAAACAGACUCAUCGCUCGUGACUCUGACACCACUGAGACCAACGCUCCCUCUCCCGGACUGACAGGCCAAUCGCAGGACACCCCUCACUCUCUCAGUCGCUCUCUCUCUGAUUCUCUCUCUCGCAUUCAUUCCUUUGCUCUCCAUCUCUCUCUCUGUCUGUAGCUAAGUCUCUCUACCACACCUUGUCCAGUGCAGAGGAACAGAAAGCCCCCUGCCCAGCCCAGGGAUAGCCAGACCGCUGAGAGGAUGAAACUCUGACAAGCCGACAGACCGCAGGGAAACGAGCACAAUUGCCCACAGAUAAUUGGUUGAAGGGAGAGUCCAGGAAGGUCAGCCAAGAAAGCAGCCAUAGGUGCCAGCGUGAAAUCUACAGCAACUACAAUUACUUCAACAGUGAGCGGCUGGAACAAGGUGAAUGACAGACGCUGUUUCACACAGAGUGAUGCUGAGACUGGCUUAGGCUUGCAGCACCACUGAAGACUUACACGGCACUAGACAAUGACUAUUACCCCCAAGACCAGUGAACAGUGAUCUACUGACCUCUGAGACAGGUUGUAUCUGACAGAGAGAGGACCACCGCCACGCUCCAGCCCCGCUCCAACCCACUGGUUCGUUAGUAUCAACAGUGAGUGAAUCACCCAGCUUUGGCCCGUCCGGCGUUACCUGUACAUGGAGACCCCCAGCUGGACAGGAAACACAUUGUGUAAAUCAGGAAGUAUUGCUGUCUUCGGGAACGUGGUGUACAGCGGGCUGCUCAACGAGCACCUCUGGCAUUUAGGAGUUCCCCUCUUCACGAGACUGGGUAACCAAGAGGCCACCAACCCCCCAGAAGCCAUGGCCCAGCCGUACACGCCUGCCCAGUACCCGCCUCCCCCACAGAAUGGCAUCCCGGCCGAGUUUGCGGCACCCCACCCCCUCCCCACGCAGGACUACACCGGGCAGAACAGGGUGCCCGAGCAUGCCAUGACCCUCUACACCCCCACACAGACGCACAGUGAGCCGCCGGGCACCGACAACAACACGCCCGCCAUCACCGCCAACACAACUGUACCGACAGAUGACGUGACGCAAUCAGAGGUCUCCCUGCAGCUCCAACUGCAGCUCUCGGACUCCUCGGAGAAGCAGCAGCCCAAGAGGUUACAUGUUUCCAACAUCCCCUUCCGCUUCCGUGACCCUGACCUGCGGCAAAUGUUUGGGCAAUUUGGAAAGAUUCUAGAUGUGGAGAUUAUCUUUAAUGAGCGAGGAUCCAAGGGCUUUGGGUUUGUAACUUUUGAAACGAGCACAGAUGCCGACCGUGCGCGGGAGAAACUAAACGGUACAAUCGUAGAGGGACGCAAAAUAGAGGUGAAUAAUGCAACAGCAAGAGUGAUGACAAACAAAAAAGUUGCCAAUCCGUACACAAAUGGCUGGAAGCUGAACCCUGUGGUGGGAGCUGUCUAUGGUCCUGAACUGUAUGCUGUAACAGGUUUCCCUUACCCGGCCACAGGGGCUACGGUGGCCUAUAGGGGUGCCCACUUGCGAGGCCGGGGGCGGGCUGUGUACAACACCUUCCGCACAGCACCUCCACCACCACCUAUUCCAGCCUAUGGAGCAGUGGUGUACCAGGAUGGCUUCUACGGAGCAGAAAUCUAUGGGGGCUACGCUGCGUACCGAUACGCCCAGCCCACCACCGCUGCUGCCUACAGUGACAGCUAUGGCAGAGUCUAUGCAACAGCAGACCCCUACCACCACACAAUCGGCCCUGCCGCUACAUACAGUGUGGGGACCAUGUAAAUAACAAAGGCAACGCUGUGCUCAGUAUUGAUGGACAUCACAGAUGAAAACAACGAGAAGAGGAGAACUAGCUUUAAGAAACCAACAGGAGAAGCAGAGAAGGAGUCCCUCUACUGAGGCUGGUGAGGAAGGACGGGAGGGGUGCGUGUGGAGUGGUGCCGCGGCGGUGUCAAAACCAGCCACAAGCACUACAGACGGAGUGAGCCAGUUUCCACCAGGGACCACCUUUGCCGGAUAGAAGAGAAAGACAACGAGAGAAAAAAGAGAGAAAGCAUCCUGUUAUUAUAACACAUUUUAUUUUUCUAUACUUUUGUGAUUUACAGCUUGUGAUUUACAAGUAAAAAGUGUAUAAAACAGUAUAUAUGUACAAAUAUGUUUUUAUGUUUUUGGUAAGGAAGACGAACAGUUGGCCCUCGAUGCUGAUUCUGUGGUGGAGGGAGAGUCCUGCUCUUCUCUCUCUGGCACACCACUCCUGUCACUGACAGACAAGAGGAGGUGAUAUAUAUAUAUAUAUAUAUAUAUAUAUAUAUAUACAUACAUAUAUAUAUAUAUAUAUAUAUAGUUACAGUGGCAGGCUAGGAGGGUUCAUCAUCCGGGCAAAAGCAUUGUAUUACAGGUCCACUUUCUGUGGGUCGGAGUCAAUGGUUAACUUCCAGCUGGAGGUCUCUACUAUGGUUACACUUUCUGUGUGCGGUCUUUUUGUGGUCUCACUGGUUCGCUUCCUUCCUUGCGCUGGUGCCACUGUUCCACUGUUCCACUUCCUGUUGCAGUGUCACUGGCCAGCUUCCUAUGGGUAGUCACUGCUGUUCUCUACUUCCCUGUGGAUACUGUCGUCAUGACUCCACUUCCUCCUGGCAGCACCACUGGUCCACUCUCCAUGGGCAGUACUGUCACUGGUCUACUUCCCUGUGGAUACUGUUGUCAUGACUCCACUUCCUCCUGGCAGCACCACUGGUCCACUCUCCAUGGGCAGUACUGUCACUGGUCUACUUCCCUGUGGAUACUGUCGUCAUGACUCCACUUCCUCCUGGCAGCACCACUGGUCCACUCUCCAUGGGCAGUACUGUCACUGGUCUACUUGUCUGUGGGUACUGUCGUCAUGACUCCACUUCCUCCUGGCAGCACCACUGGUCCACUCUCCAUGGGCAGUACUGUCACUGGUCUACUUGUCUGUGGGUACUGUCAUCAUGACUCCACUUCCUCCUGGCAGCACCACUGGUCCACUCUCCAUGGGCAGUACUGUCACUGGUCUACUUGUCUGUGGGUAAGCCAGUAGAGAAAUGAGAUAAGUUCCUCCCCCAGCUCCUUUUCCUCUCCAAGCCCCAGCAGAGGUCUCUGAUUCACGACGAGAGAAAGAGAGUUUGAUGCGUUAGUCCCUGACUUUCCUCUCCUGCCAGGGUCAAAGCCCAAGCCUUUGUGUCUCUAUCUGCACCAGUGGACAAAGUAUCUCAAACAGACAGACCAACAAGCCAGGGUGCAUUUAACUAACGACGCACGUUUCCAGAGAAGAGAAAUACUCAUCAAUGUCCAUGUAACAAUUGAAUUAUAAUCGAAUAAUCUAAUUGUAAUACAUCAGCAGGUGCAUAACCAAAACACAAGCCUAAGGCAUAUGGACGAUGUCGCUUGAUAAACAUUAUAGAACUAGUGCCCAUCCAAUGGUAAUAAAGGAAUGAGGGCUGAAACAUGUCAAUUACAAUGUUGUUUUGUCAAUGUAUUCUGAGAAUAUUUAUUUGUGUGAUUUGCAGCACUGAAAACUUUUAAAGAAGAAAAAAACGUUUUAAUUUGUUGAAGCAACCUUACUUUAUAUCAGGAGAGUCACUGUAAACAUGUGUUUAAACAAGAAUGUUGGUUCAGUUCUUGAAUGUAUUUUAAUGUCUAGGGUUUCCAACAAGUAUGUAUUCUUUUUCUGUAUAUAAAUAUAUAUAUAUAUAUAUAUACAUAUCUAUUAUAUGGGCUGUGGUGGUGUCAGGGAGUAGAGGGGGUAGAUAAGGGGCACCCUCCUACAAGCUAUACCCCUGAUAUACUGUAACAUGUGAUCAUGUGUUAUAUGACUGAAAGCGUGAUGGUGAUUGUGUGAACUGAUCUUCCCCUCCCCCUGCACUUAAAGAGAUUGGACAGGAUCUUAAGCACUUACAAAUUCGUAACAUGCUGUAUGAAUUGGAUUUCGUAAAACAUAUCAUGCACAUUCUUUUUGCAAGACAAAAUGGAUGACGUUGUACACAAUUGUGCACAGUCUUCGGGGACCGAAAAACUUCUGGCUGAAAUUAUAUGAAACCUUCAUAAUGCAUCUUUAAACAAACACACAUGAACACACACUCAAAUACAGAGAAUCACAGACACACGUUUUGGCCUAGAAAUAUGCUACAGAACUGCUUAACAACUUGCUGAUUGCCAACAGAUAACUUGUGCUCCAGAGAGUCAUUCACAACUACUCUGGCCCUGCAGGGCCUCAACUACUCUGGCCCUGCAGAGCCCCAACUACUCUGGCCCUGCAGGGCCCCAACUACUCUGACCUUGCAGGGCCCCAACUACUCUGGUCCUGCAGGGCCCCAACUACUCCGGCCCUGCAGGGCCCCAACUACUCUGACCCUGCAGGGCCCCAACUACUCUGGCCAUGCAGGGCCCCAACUACUCUGACUCUGCAGGGCCCCAACUACUUCGGCCCUGCAGGGCCCCAACUACUCCGGCCCUGCAGGGCCCCAACUACUCUGACCCUGCAGGGCCCCAACUACUCCGACCCUGCAGGGCCCCAACUACUCUGACCCUGCAGGGCCCCAACUACUUUCUCUCAGCUAUAUUACAGACACCCUUAUGGAAAUAACAUGUAUAUUCAUCAUCACAUUAAGUAACAGGUCCUGUUGAGGAAGGCAAUGAUCAUAAGCAGGUUUAGUGUAUAGAUGUAGAUUUGAUUGUGAGAGUCACAUAGUGUAUGUGGCUAACUAACUCCCAGUCAGUUUCAGGUGAAAUGUGAGUGUGAAGAAACAGCAGGUGGGAUGUCAGGCAGGCAGGCAGUAGGCCGCCCUCCUGAUCUCUGUGUAGACUGCAAGUACCAGUCAUUAUCUUCCUGAGCCCUGAGCACAAUGGCUUGAGCUGUGACAUGAGCAGGAUAUCCCUCUGAGAGAGAGUUACUACUGUACCACCCCCUCCCGUUCUACUGUGUGAGUCUACCGUCCCUUUUGUAUUCCUGAACCUACUGUACAUAAUAUCCCCCCUCCCCUCUGACUCCCAAAAUCUUGUAUUUUGUUCUAUAAUGACACAUUUAUUUAUAAGGAUUUUUUAAAUAUAACUCUUUCUCCUUUUUGUAAAUGUUCCAGUUAAAUAAAGUUCAAAAAUGUUUAAAAAUUCAAUGGAUAUAUUGAAAGGUAAAAGUCUCUAAAAGUCCCCUCUCCUCUGGCUCUGUGUUCUAAACUUUGUGUUCUUUAUUUCUCUUUCUGUAUGCUUCUCUUAUGUGCUUCAGAUUAAGAGUUCUAUUUAUUAUGACAUUAACGUUAUUAUAAUUAUGACUAAUUAUUAAUAUUAUCAUCAUCCUCAUCAUCAUCAUUAUUAUCAUUAAUAAACUUGUCUACUUCAA